AUGGACAUUCAGUACGUGUAUCAGAAGGAGCGGCGCGAGUUUGGCAAGCAGUGCCUGUUCUCGGACAAGAACAAGGUGGAGUUUUCCGAACCCGCCAACCAUGACCUGUUUCGGGACUACAUUCUGCGGGAUCCGGUAUCGAUCGGGACGCAGUACAGCCGGCAGAUGGCGAUCAGCGAUGCGAACACGGAAAGUGCCGAGUUCGAGCAUCACGGCAUCCUGCACUCGGAGGGUGGCUGGCCGAAGGACGUGAACUUUCUCGACCCGGAGCAGACGGUCCGCUACCGGCGCAAGGUGGAGAAGGACGAGAACUACAUCAGCCAGCUGAUGGCGUCGACAAAACCGAUGGAGCACUGCAUCUUCCAGAACAAUGCGGUUAACAUUUACGAGAAGUACUUCGAUGACCUGGAGCCGGCCCCGCUGAUCCAGCGGAGCACGUCGCGCACCCUGAACGUGUACCGCGACCCGAGCAUCUACAAGCAACCGGUGACGCAUCUGUCGUGGUCACCCGACGGUGGCACCAAGAUUGCCGUUUCGCACUGCAACCUGAACUUUGGUGAGGUGCUCGGGAAGGCGGUCUGCUCGUACAUCUGGGAAGUGGAGAACCCGAACGCCCCGUUGCUGCGGCUCAAGCCGAGCAGCUCGAUGAUCUGCCUGGAGUACAACCAGAAGGACCCGACCACGAUGGUCUGCGGGAUGUACAACGGGCAGGUCGCUUGCUGGGACACGCGCAACGAGCAGGAACCGGUGAUGAUCAGCGAGCGCGAGCAUUCGCACCGGGCCCCGGUCAACUCGGCGCUGUGGAUCAACUCGAAGAGCGGCACCGAGUUCUUCUCCGGCUCGUCCGACAGCCAGGUGAUGUGGUGGGACACGCGCAAGUUGGCGCAACCGAUCGACCGACUGCUGAUGGACCCGAUCAAGGCGGACGAGCAGGAUCUGUCACGAUCGUACGGCGUCAGCUGCCUCGAGUACGAGACGUCCAUUCCGACGCGCUUCAUGUGCGGCACCGAGCAGGGCAUGUUGUUCUCGUGCAACCGGAAGGGAAAGUCCCCGCAGGAGAAAAUCGUUUUCAGGAUGCAAUGCCACACCGGUCCGGUUCAUGCGCUCACCCGCAAUCCGGCGUUCGUGAAGAACUUCCUCACCAUCGGGGACUGGAUCGCGCGCAUUUGGUCCGAGGACUGCCGGGAGAGUUCGAUCGUGUGGACGAAAAACCACGACGUGAUGCUGACGGACGGAGCCUGGAGUCCGACGCGCUUUUCGCUGUUCUUCGUGAGCCGCGUCGACGGAGUGCUGGACUCGUGGGACCUGCUGCAGCAGCACAGCGAACCGACGCUCAGCAUCAAGGUGUGCGACGAGAGCCUCAAGUGUCUGCGGGCCCACGAGUCCGGGCGGCUCGUCGGGACGGGCAGCGUCAAAGGGGCGACCUUCCUGAUCGAGGUGUCCGAGAACAUGACCUCGAUACGAAACGACAAACCACUGCUGACCGCGAUGCUGGAACGCGAAAAUCGUCGCGAGAAGAUCCUCGAGGCGAAGUCGCGCGAAAUGAAGCUGAAGGUCCGCACGCUGAACCGCCAGGACGAGCACACGGACGAUAAACCGAAGCUGUUCCAGUGUCGCUCGGCCUGCGAAGCGGCAGAACAGGAGUACUUGCAGAUGCUCGACAAGGAACGAAAGUCACGUUUCCCGGAGGAGUACGACGAAGAGUACGACCCGAAGAAGGUGCGUAAGCCCUACAAACCGGACAAUCACCAUUCGGACGGUGAAAACGAAAAUGGUAAAGAUUAG